AUGGCUCAAUACGCAUACGACGAGACGGGUGCCGUCUUCAACUACUUUGUCUUGACCGUCCUCGCUUUCGUCCUCUUUCCGUACACUUUUUCCGGACUGUUUUCAAGAGGAAACGGUGCAACGGCCGCAGAUGGGUGCAACUGCGACCAAUGUCAGCAAAAGCGCGUCCGAUUAGCGCUUGCAAAGAAGAAGGAGACCCCUCUGAUAUCGACGAGGUUCAUCCUCCUGGCCCUUGGAUGGACGCUCUUCGGAUUCGUGUUAUACUCGGCCGCCACCACCUCACUCGAAGAGAAAGGGAUUUGGGAUCCUUACAAGGUCCUCGGAUUGGAGCCUGGAGCCAGUGUUGAAGACGUGAAGGCUGCCAAAAGAGGGCUCUUUUUCAAAUAUCAUCCGGACAAAAACCCUGACAGGGAGGAAUGGGCAGCAGAGCAGAUGGCGGAGGUCAACAAGGCUCUGAAGACGUUGACGAACGAUGAGGCUCGCAAGAACUGGGAGGAGUGGGGUCACCCCGACGGCAAACAAUCCUUCCAGCUUGGGUUGGCGUUGCCCAAGUGGCUGGUGGAGGAGUCCAACAGCUUCAAAGUUCUGUUCGUCUACACCGCCGUCUUCAUGGUUCUCUUGCCGGCUUUGGUGGCACGCUGGUGGAGCAAGGCGAAGGUGAUGAACAAGGAUAAGAUCCUGAACCCGACAAUGGGGAAAUUCUACCGGGACCUGAAAGCAUCCAUGGGCUUCAAACCUCUGAUGGAGCUCAUCGCCAAGGCGGACGAGUUCUACACGACCAUAAGCUUGGACCCGCGGGACAAUGCCGCGUUGGAGAAGCUGAACGCCAAAGUCAAAAGCGUGAUGGAGGAAACAACAUCCGACAGGUGGAACAAGAAGGUUGGCACAGCAAAGGACGCGGCAACAGCCAUGCAGCAGAAGGUGUACCUCCUGCUGGUGUCGCACAUGCUUCGAAUCGUACCCUCGGAUGCCAAGCUUGCCAAUGAACAAAGGAUCGUCGCCGAGACCAGCGCCACGCUUAUCGGCGGCCUUCUGCAGAUUGCGCAGUCGCGCCAGUGGCUAAACAUUGCGCUGGCGGUUGUUGAUUUGGGUCAGAUGAUCUCUCAAGCGCUGUAUAUCCACCAGUCGCCGAUUUUGCAACUGCCGAAUAUCACAGCUGAUAAACUCAAGCACUUCAAAUCGAAGAAGCGAGAGGUCACGACUAUCCGGGAUUUACUGGAAAAGGACGAGAAGGAACAAGCGCGACUGCUUGAGUUCUUGUCUGAAGGGGAGAAGGAGAAGACUCUCUCUGUUGCCGAACAGUACCCUUUGCUGAGGAUAACGAAGGCGAAGUUUUCAGUCCUUGGCGAGCCCGCGAUCAUACCCAAUGCCAUCGUCACCCUCAUCGUCAAACUCGACCUCGCGAGCCCCUCCGAGAUCCACACCGACAUCAAACUCUCCGCCUCCACCACCCCCGAAGACGACGAUGAAGACGACUCCAAAGAACCCUCCGUAAACUGGUGGGACACCUCCAAACCGCCCACACGGAUCGCCCACGCGCCGUACUACCCGACCGAGAAGCGGCCCGUGUGGUGGAUCUAUUUCGGGGACAUGAACCAGAACAGGUUGAUUACGGUCGCCAAAGUGAAUGAUCUGAUCAAGGAGAAGGUGGUACGCCUGCAGUUCCAGGCCCCCCCACGCCCGGGCAGCUGGGAUUUCCAGGUGUUUGUGAAGAGUGAUUCCCAUGUUGGGUGUGACGCACUUUGUGAAUUGAAGCUGGUCGUACAACCCCCCGAAGCAGCCCCGCUAAUCGAAGAAGACGACGACAUCUCCGAACCCGAAGAAGACUCCCUCGCCGGCCAAAUGGCGGCCAUGAAAUCCGGCGGCGCGCCACCCCCUCGCAGAUCAAAAUCCAACGGGAAAACCAACGGACAUGCCGCCGAUGACGAUGACAGCAGUGACGAUGAGAGUAGCAGUGAGAGCGAGGAGGAGGAACGGGCGCCGGUUCGGAAGGGAAGGAAGAAGGAGCGGGAGACGGGCGGGGAGAGUGAUUAUGAGGAUUCGGAGAGUAGUGGGGAUGAUGAGUAGUGAUGCAUUCCCCUGUUCCUUGUGAACCCCACCUCGGGCAUUUCAUACCGCUUGUGUGAUUACUUAUUCCCAUGAUGUUUUUUCUUCAUUCCAUACUUCUGCAGAAACUGUGUAUACUUGUCUCUGUGUGUUCUUAUCCCAUUCAUUUUGUUUGAUUAUCAUGUUUUCGAGUGUCUUGGCGAUGUGUGGUCGAUAAACUUACUGAGACCUGUGAGCGCAUUCCUUCCGAGACCUUCGGACCACUUCUAACCUUCCCACUAUCA